AUGGCAAAAUGUAUAUGCCGGAGUUAUCAAGGGUCUUUAGCCCAGAUGGUCAAUCCAUCGUUGUAUAAACAUAUGGGCAGCGCAUCCCCAUAUCAGAUAUUGCCUAUUGUAAGUUUGCGUUCUUUAUCUACGAAAGGUUUUCUUUUGGAAAGCGAAAAGAACUGUUUGAAGGCUACGCAAAUUCGUGAUUUUGAACGAUUGAUGCCAUAUUCCAGCAAACACGAAUCUUCGAAAAACGUUCAAAAGCGUUUAUACGAGCUCCGACAAUUGAAGACUGUAUUAUGUGAGACGUUUGGAGUAACAGAGUAUGCUUCUUUUUUUGAAUCUUUACGACAUGCCUUGCGUUCCAAAGAUCUUUCAAACCCUGAAAAGAGGAAACUGCUAUAUGAUGUAAUUUUGAAUCAACAUGAGUUGUAUCCCAAAGUCGCAAGAAAUAAUGGUUUCUAUAUACCAGAAGACGUGCACAAAUGGUUCUGGUAUAACAUUCCGAAAUCGGAAUCCUUUAAUCACUAUUUUUUCCUCUUGAAAAAUGAUGUCCUUCUUUCCUCUUCCAGGUAUUGUACGAAUUUUACCAAUAGACUAAUGAAGGGUUCAGAAAUGGAAAGGCAAUUGGCCACAUUUCAGGUUUUUUUGCAUGAUGAGAAUAACAUAAUGCCAAUAAUGGAAAAGGUGGUGAAGCUGCAUACGUUUGAUAGCUUGAUUGUUUUAGUGAAUGGGCUUACUAAGGGAAAAGACUUUAAGUUUAUUAAGUCGUAUAUUCAGGCCCUACUUCAAAAGUUGGAACAAGACAGUUAUUCUGAUAAAGGAGGAACUAAAAAGAAAAGCUUACGCUACGUUAGGUUCAAUAAUGCUUUACUUUAUUACCUUUUAAAAAGUGGGAACGUUGAAUUGUUCAUUAAAACUUUUCAAGAUGAAUUGAAAUUUAUUACGGAUUCAGGAUUACUUAAUCACAUUGACGGAAAUGAGCACAUACUGAAUUUUCCUAUACACCAUUAUUUGAACUUGUUACGAAUCUCCAAGAGACAGGAAGAACUCUUCAAUGUGAUUUCCUGUCUACAGAGCAGUUCAUUGAUGAAGUAUAAAUUGUUCAAGAAAUUUUUAAUGGGCGAAUUAAUUGCAUCAUUCCAAGCCUUUCGCGAUCCUAAGUUAGUUUGUAAAUAUCUUCUCUCAUCUUACAGCUCAAAGCCCUCCGCUGAAAUUUUGAAUGAACUUGGUGUUUGGGGAUGGGUUUACCAUUCAAAAUCAACGACUCUAACUACGUCUGAACUCACCAAAGAGUUACAGCACAAUAGCAACCUUUUGCCAAAAACAAUGAGAAUAGGGUCUCCGGUAUCUAUUCCAGUUUUAACAGAACUAUAUAUAAGUUUGUUAUCAUUUAAUUCUGUUUCACUGGAAAGGGAUCAAUUCAAGGACUGCCUUCUUGAUUUAUAUUACAAGUACAAAUCCUUUCUUUCGAAAGAAGCUGGCAAGUACAGAUAUUGGAGAAAUGAUACCGGCAUUUUAAAUGUAUUUUUGAACUACAUUAGAUUUCACGCGCGAGAACCAAGACUGGCUUAUGAUGUUCUUCUAGACUUUUACUCAGAGCCCUUCGCAAAAAAAGUCAGUCUAACGACGAAGAUAUGUCCCUUUUCGAUAGUGGCAUACAAAAAUCAUGAUAUAGCACAAGCUGAAUUAUCAGAACUAUUACGAGUGAUGCACAAAAACCGAGUACCUUUAACAUUCAAGUUUUGUUCUGCGAUGGUCAUGCAUUACACAAAAUUGAGGGACGAAAAGGGAGCACGCUCUUGGUACAAUAAAAUACUCUAUGGAGGCUUUGAAAUAAAACAUAUGGCUUUGGUUCGGAUAAUUAAGGACCAAGGCUGGCCGUUUCCGAAAAAUUUCGACGAAACCUUAUUGGCGCAGUUGAUUGACAAUAGCAGUAUUGGAGAACCUGCGGAUAAUGACCUGUUUACCGAGGAAGAAAUGUUUGAAGAAAGUAGCGAACAUGAUUUUAAUGAUGAAGAUGUUGAUAAAUGUACUAAUACUAUAAAAGAAACACUAAAGUGCCUUAAUUGA